AUGGGCGGCGGCUGCGGCUGCUGCGCCCCCGGCCGGGCUGUGCUGCUGCUGCUGGCGGCGCUGGGGAUCCCCCGCUCGGCCGCAGCCCGGAGCCCCCGGGGCCGCCCUGCGCCCCCUUCAGCGGACCGGCCUGGCCGCCGCCGCCACCGCCGGAGCCGGAGCUGCUCCCCGCUUGCGCCGCGCCGCCGCCUCGUGGCGCUGCCCGGCCGCGCGUCCUGCCCGCGGCCUCUGGGCGCACCUGCUCGGGCCGCGCUGCGGCGGCGGCGGCGACGCGGCUGA